AUGGAGGGUCCGUCCCAGGAUGACGGUGCCCUCAUCACCGAACAAAUAAUCGAAGAGUUGCGGCAAGAACGCGAACGCGAGGAAAUGGAAGAACGAGAGUGGGAUUCGAAGGACUUGAACGCGAACUUUGUUGAUUUGCUGCUCACCAUCGAGGAAGACGUUCCCUCGGGCGAGCUGUUCUCCUUUCUCUUUGACCUGCUGGAGGAGUACAGCGAGCUGGCGCCGCACGAAGCCGAGUCUCGCACCGGGAAGGGUCAGGAGCUGGACUUCUUCUCCGUCUUCUUUCAGCUCCUGCCUCGCUGCGGCACUUCGCUGCAGGUCGUGCUGCUGAAGCGACUGAACGACCUGGUGUCGGAGUCGGACCGGGUGAAGGGCUACUGCUGCCAGAGGGGAUGGGUCACACGCCUGCUGCACAUGCUCCACUACCAGCCGCUCGACAGCGAGGUCGUGCUGCGGGAGCUCUUCAUCUUGAUGGAGUCCCUCGGCUCCUUCUCGCUGUCGUCGAAGGAGCUGAAGCAGCUGCUCCGCUUCCUCUACGGCCAAACCACACCCGACUUUGAGGACUCGGGCGCAGCGUCCGACGACUCACCCGAGGGCAAGCAGCUGCUGCAAGAGCUCUACCCGCCCGUGCAGAGAAUUGUCAAGAAGCAGGAACGAAGAUGGCCCUCCUGUUUCUGGGACUUCAAUGGACGAGAGAACAAGUCGGGCGUCAUGAUUCCGACGUGGAAGUCCGUGUGGCCUCUGAACGACGGUUACUCGUUUUGCGCGUGGCUGAGCAUAUCGUCCAACAAAGACGUACUCCCCCUCAAUAGGGGCCGGAGAAGCCUUCCGCCCGAGCAAGCCACGAUCAGGCCACAUCUGUUCAGUUUCGCCUGCGACGACGGUCGCGGCAUGGAACUGUUCUUCGUGUCGCAGUAUCUGGUCGUUCUCUCGCGGCAAGGCAAAAACAAGCAUGCCUGGAUCAAGUUCAAUUACCGCUUCAAGAAGGAGCGAUGGUACUUCGUUGCAGUGGCCCACAUCUACCACUUCUUGCGGCGCAGCGAGGUCUUGCUCUACGUCAAUGGUCAGCUGGUGGAGCAACAGUAUCUCAUCUACCCCAAGAUCGACAGGUACUAA